CUGAAAGGAGGGCGGUGUUUAUGGGAUCAGCUGACAGGCCCGUGAUUCCCCCAGUUCCCGGAAGUAAAGGGAAGGGGCUUCUGAAGUCGAUGUGACCGGGGCUUGGUCGGGAGGAUGUUCGGGGCAGAUGAAGAGGACACGGACUUUCUCUCUCCCACAGGAGGGGCAAAGCUGGCAUCUCUCUUUGGCAUGGAUCAAACCGUCUCUGGACCGGGAAAUGAAUCCUUCCAAUACACUGCCCCAAAGCAGCCAAAGAAGGGCCCCGGGGCCACAGGUGGCAAAGCCAACAAGCCCACGGCACCAGCUGGUUCUGGUUUGGCACCUGCCGUUCUCUUUGCCACAGCUGUUCAUGCCUACAGAUACAAUAAUGGGCAAUAUGUAAAGCAGGGCAAAUUUGGAUCUGCUGUUCUGGGGAAUCACACUGCUAAAGAGUACAGGAUCCUUCUCUACAUGAGCCAACAGCAGCCAGUCACUGUGGCCAAGAUCCACCCGGGCUUCAUGUUCACAGUUCAGCCCAAUAACUACGCUGCUUUCUACGAUGAUCAGAGGCAGAGCUGGUCAGUCAUGUUCGAGUCAGAAACUGCUGCCAUUGAUUUCAGUAAGCAGGUGUGCAUGGCCAAGUGUAACUCCUCCCCCUCUCUGGACACUGUGAUUUACCAGGAUCUGCUCCCCGGCGAGGGACAAGGCGCUGACAUCGGGGACUUGCUGGAAGUGGCCUACACAGGCUGGUUAUAUCAGAACCAUGAAUUGGGCCAGGUGUUUGACUCCAACGUGCAGAAGGACAAACUCCUGAGACUGAAGCUGGGAUCUGGGAAGGUCAUUAAGGGCUGGGAUGAAGGCAUGCUGGGAAUGAAGAAAGGAGCAAAACGGUUUCUUGUCAUCCCGCCUGCUCUGGGAUACGGAUCCCAAGGAAUCGCCGGACGCAUUCCCCCCAAUGCAACCUUGUUGUUUGAGGUGGAAAUUAAACGUAUGAAGGUGAAGGAUCAGGGGUCCGACAGACAGAGCAUUGGAUCCAGAGAUUCCCCAGUGUCUAUCCCUGACAGUCAGACUGCAGAAAUGUUACCCCAGCCGCCUUCUUCCAUUCCACCCAAACCUGGGGAGCCUGCUAUCCGUGCCAAGUCCAACUCCAUUAGCGAGCAGCUAGCAAACCCUGACAUGGCCAAAGCCAAGCUGAUAUCCAGGAUGGCCAAGAUGGGGCAACCAAUGCUGCCGUUCAUUCCCGGCACCCCCCAGCCAGACUCCAGUGAUUCUGAAAUAGAAGAUCCAAAUACCCAAAGAUCCGUGCCCCAUCUUGCUGCUCCUUUGCCUAUCCGACCCACCCCACAGAUGAACCACAUGCCUGCUGCUCAUAUUCCGGCUCCAGAGCCACAGACUGUACCAACUAUUCAGGGGACAUCCGUAGCACUAAUGUCAGUAGGACCCAUUCAGUCUCAGGCUCUCGCUCCAGGGAUGGCACCUGGUUUCCAGCCAUAUGUCGGAGUGCAGUAUCCAUACACACACAACCCCACCACCCAGCUGCAAUCUGUGGCACCGGUGUACCCGCCACAGCUACAGACGCCAUCCCCUUUCCAAGCUGGAGGCGACGUGACCUCUUUCUUGAUGACGGAAGCGCGCCAGCAAAGCACCGAGAUCCGCAUGUCCAUUGGCAAAAUUGCCGACAAGAUUGAUGUCUUGGCUUCCAAAGUGGACAAUCUGCAGAAGGAGAAUUCAGCCAGCACCUCCCACUUGCUCCCUGGUAUCACCUCUAUCACUAUGGAAAGUGCCAUGAUCAUGAACAAUAUUCAGCGCAUCAUCCAGGAGAACGAGCGUCUGAAACACGAGGUGCUGGAGAAGAGCAGUCGCAUUGAGGAACAGAAUGUCAAAAUUGGGGAGCUGAUACAUCGUAACCAGAAGUACAUGGAGCAGAGUAACCUGCUGAUGGAGCAGAGGAAUGACUCCUUAAAGACGACAGCAGAGAACACCCAAACUAGAAUGCUGAACGCCAUGCAGGAGAAGCAUGCACUGCACACGGAUGUGGGCGGGUACCAGGUCAAAUUGGCAGAGGAGCUGGCUGCCGCAACCAGUCAGUUGUCCCGCUUACAGCUGGAACUCACAGCAUAUCAGAAGAAAGAGACUGAGCUCAGGAUGCAGCUGGAAGCCGCGCAACAGGAAUCCGAGAAGCACAGGAGCCAGCUCAGCUCCCUGCAAGUUCACUUUCUUGAGGUGCAGGAGACAUCAGAGCACAGUAAGACCAAAGCCAAGUCUGAGAAGGACACUCGCCGGCAGCUGGAGGGCACAUUGUCAACCCUGGAGGAGGAGGUGUCAGAUUUAAAGGCGCAAAAGGACAAUUUGGAGAAGAGCCUUGCAGAGAGGAAGAGGAGGUCCCAGCAGGAACGCCAGCGGGCAGAAGAGGAAAAGGAAGAGCUACGCAGAUCUUUGCAGGAAGAGAUGGAAGACCUGAGGCAGAUCCUGAAGAAAACCCGGGAGCAAGCAGCAGCUGAGCAGGUGUCAUCUCGAAGUUGGGAAGGGCAGAGACUGUCUGAGUUAGAGGAGCAGGCAGCCCAGCUCCAUCCUCUGAGAGAAAAGUACGCAGUGCUGGAGAGGCAGAUGGCAGCCAUGUUGGAAGAACAAAAGAAAUCCAAAGAGAAGGAAACCUCUUCUGCCUCGGAGCAGGCCUUGGCUUUGAGAUUGAAUGAGCAGAAAAUGGCAGAGCUGCAGGAACAAGCUGCCCAGCUUCAGCCCCUGAAGGAGAAGUAUGAGCACCUGAGGAGUCAGAUGUCUGCCCUGCUGAAAGAACAAAGCAAAAGUCAAUCUCAGGAGGCGCCAGCCACAGACACCACAGAAGAGGUGAAGAAGAUAAUGAAUGGGGUGUUCCAGGGUCUGCGGGGCGAGUUUGAUCUGGAGGAGAUGUACAGCGGCAGGGAGGUCCUUGGAACCAUAAUGAGUAUCAUUAAGGCAACUACUCUGCAGCUUCUGAACCAGCAACAACCCGAGGCAGCAUCUGAGAGCAGCAGUGAGGAAGAGGAGAAGGAAGAUGAAGAUGCCCAGGUUGAAUCUUCAGUUCCUAUGGUGGCUGUUGCCUCCCAGAACCAGGCAUUCCAAGAAAAAGAUCCUGACCUGAAGGAUGAAUGGGCCUGUCAGGCAGCCAUAGAGGAGGCUUCAGAGACACUGGAUGAAGAUGAAGAUAAAGAUGCAGAAGAGGAGCAGAAUGAGGUCAGGGACUUUACAACAGAACCUUCCUCUGCCAACCAAGAGGGAGAGGAGGGUCCUGAGCAGGUUCAAGUCAUACAGGAGAAUUUAGAGGAAACCUCAGCGCUGGUUCAUAUGAUGUGCAGUGACAUGCAUGAAUCCAGCACUGUUACCCCUGUGCAGGUCAAUGGGAAGGAAUCUGAGCACUCAAAGGGUGAAGACUUGGGUUCUGACCCCAAAACCAUUGCUACAGAGGCUCAGCCUGUUGCCCAUGACUUACAGGACCAGAUCCCCAGCCAAGAGGCCAUACAGACUCAGGACUCAAGUGCACCCAGCUUGGAGGCUGAUGGAGAUGACUUAGAAGAUGGGAAAUCGGAAGGACCACCACCCCUGGGAAGCGAUGAGGAAAUGGGCAGCCCUGUUCCUCCACUAGACCCAAUGUCCCAAAGUGAAAACACAGACAGAGCCCAGACAGAAAAGGAAAGGGGAUUGGCCGAGUCAAAACUGAAAACAAAUAUUGCACUGGAAGAGUCCGACAAUGAAGACUUGUUUGAAAACCCGCCCCCCAAACCUCAGAGGUCAAAGCCAGAAGAGGAAGAAGAGGAGGAAGUGAGUAUGAAAGGACGCCCACCCCCAGCACCUUUGUUUGGCGAUGAUGAUGAUGAUGACUUUGACUGGUUAGGAUGAAGCCCAAAAAUGAUCUCUACCACUGAUUUUUAUAUAACGGUGACUGUAAGAUCUCCUCCUCCUCCUCAGUGUAACAUCAUGGCUGCCUGAGCUGAGAGUCUCUGUCUCAUUCAGCUGCUCUGUGCAUCUCUCAGUAACAGAAUCUGUAGAAUGGAAACUGCCCAGCACCCUGUGGGUGUCAUCCUCCCGGUGUGCAGGCAAUACAAACCAGUGUAGCCUUAUAGUGAGGACAGUGCCCCCUGCAGGAUCUGACGCAUCACUGCAGCAUUGAACAUUGUCAUUGUUAUCUGCAUUAUUAACAGGAAUAUUCCUAUUUUGAAGUCUCUACUAAUGAUUUCCCUUUUCUACCUACACACAGUGUUGGAAAAGGAAUAAUAUCCAGAAUCUGUGUCUUUAAUAAACACAUUUUGUCCCUUU